AUGUCAUUAAGUUUGAGUGAAUUGAUCAAUCAAUCAUUGGACAAAAUCAAAAAGGCAAUAACUAAAAAAUAAUUCGAGUUGAAAUAAAGCAUCGAUGAAGCUUAAUAGCUCAAAGAACAUUUCGAUGCUAAUCAUUUAAUAACAGUGUAUUAAUAGUGCAUUUAAUCCAAACAAGUCAAACUGAUUGAGUUGGCCUUAUUCGACAUUAAAAAUUUAGUAGAACAAGGGUUUUUCGCUGGGGAAUAAUUGAUUGGAGAAAAAAGAGUGAUUGAAGUAAUCUUGGACAUUGUAAUCUAAUGUCAAUAAGAGAAGGAGGAAACAGUUCAAAUUCACAUGAUAAAAGCCAUAUAAGCAAUUAUGACUAAUAGAAAGCACCAUAUAUAUGGGGAACUAAUCACUAAGGUGUUUUCAAUGCUCAUCAAUUUGCAUGCAGUCUCCAAAAUAGUUGUGAUUGUGAAUGCAAGCAAGGAGGCAUGUCAGAAGAUAGUUAGCACUUACUUUUAAAGAUUAGAGGAUUAUGGAAUUUUAAAUGAGGAAGAAUUCCAACAAGCUAUUCAAAAACAAGGCAAUCAAGGACAGCUGGUCUUAGGUAAAUGUAGAGCCAUGGUUAAUGCCGAACAAUAUAUGAGAUCCUUGAUGACUUCUCUUAUAGAUGAAGUGCAGAUCUAUACUGAAAGGAAAUCAGUAUAUGAUAGACAAAUAGAAGAUUUAAAUCAAAUGAAAGUUAUUAAUUUAGAUCUUCAUGAACCCAAUUUAAGAAAUGUAACAGUUGAAAAAAACUAGAUCUAAGUUAGUGUCACCAACGAACAAAAUAUUAAAAAUGGGAAAUUUGGAUGGUGUGUAGUGUGCAGAAACUCAGCAUCACAAUAUUGUAAAGAUACGAAAGUACCAAUUUGUAGUAAAGAGUGUAAGUAUAUACAUCUGAAUUAAAUGAAUAAUUUCUCAUAAUGCUAUCAACACUCAAACAACAGUGACCAAUAUUGCAAGGAUGCCUUGGAAAUCUUGGAAUUGUUAUGUUAACUUAGUCAAAGAGAUAAUACUAAUCCUUAAUUAAGUUAAAUAAUAAUCAAGUGCAAGAUCCUCUCUCUUGAAUUGAUCUAUGAGGCCUUGGCUUAAAGUGAUACAAUCCUAUAAAACAAGCCAAAACUAAUCUAAAUUUUAAAAGAACAAUUAUUGGAAUCUCUAUUAAAGAAUUCCCUAUCUACAGAGAAACAAUUACUCAUAUUGACACUUAAUAUCUUCAUUCAAUUGAUAUGGAAAGUAAGAAGCCAUCUCAAAAAGGAAUUAGAAGCUUUGAUUGAAAAUGUUUAUUUUAAGUUCUUGGAUAGUAGCAACAGCUCCUUUGAUCAUAAGUAAUACACUCUCAAAGUAUUUAAUAAAAUCAUGACCAAACCCAGAGUCGUCAUUGAAAUCUUUGUGAAUUAUGAUUGUUCUUUAGGAUAAAAUAACCUCUUAAAAAAGAUAUUAGAUAUGCAAUGUAGAAUCAUCUAAGGCAGAUUCAGCAAACAAGAAUUCUAAGCAUCAAUCACUCAAAAUCAGGAAACCUAUUUAAAAUCCUUAUGUCUGGAUAAUUAUUAUGGGUACAUUAAAUGUCUUAAGGAAUUCUGCGAAUAGAAUGAGGACCAAUAAAAUGUCAUAUAAGUUUAACAGCUUGAAGAUCAAGAAGAAACAGCCAUUCAAUCAUAGCUAUUAUCACAAGAUCCCAUAGAGAAAUAAAAAUAGAUGAAAUUAGAAAUGAAUAAAGCUGUUUAGAAAUUCAAUUUCAAACCUGAACAUUGUAUAAAACAUUUGCUUGCUUGUUAAUUUAUGGAGACGAGAGAUCCCAAAUUGUUUGCAUAAUUCUUAUGGGAAAAUCGAGAUUUAAACAAAGAUAAAUUAGGAGAAUUAUUUGGUUGUUCAAGUGAAUUCAAUUAAUAAGUAUUCCAAUAGUAUAUAGAUUUUAUGAACUUUAAGGAUUUGCAAGUGGAUGAAGGCUUAAGAUAUAUGCUUGAAUUCUUUACCUUGCCUGGAGAAUCUUAAUAAAUAGAUAGAAUUAUGGAAAAAUUUGCUUCUAAGUAUUGCAUUGAUAAUCCUGGAAUCUAUUAAUCAGCUCAAGCAGCUUAUACACUAUCUUAUCUAUUGAUGAUGUUACAAACAGACUUACACAAUGAAAGAAACUUAGAAAAAAUGACAAUUCCAUAAUUUGUUAAUUUGGCAAAAGGAAUCAAUGAUGGGGAAAACCUUCCAUAAGAUUUAUUGCUUGGAUUUUAUUAAAGAAUCUAGAAAACCCCUCUUGCAUUACAUGCCAAAGAAUAAGCUAAAAGAUCUUUAGAGUAAGCAAAUUAAGUGGAUUAACGAAAAAGACAUGCCAUGCUAGCCAAAGAAGCUGAAGAAUCUUUAAAAAAGUGGUUCAAGGAACAUCCGAAUUAAGAUGCUUAUUUCUAUGCCAAUUCAAUUGAACAUGUGAAAUCUCUAUUAUAAUAAACUUGGAGUGCUAUUUUUGCUUCUAUUAGUGUAUUUUUAGAAUAAACUGAAGAUCAAUAAUAGAUUUUAUUAUGUUUUGAGACCAUCUAAUCCUUUAUAUAAUUGAUGGGUAGAUUUGAUUUAGAUGAAGAAAAAGAUACAUUUAUCAGUUUUUUAUAGAGAUAUUGUACAGGUAUUCCAAACACUUAUCGAUAAAUUUUGGGUGUUUAAGCCUUAAUAAAAGCAGCUAUUCAUUCUGGCUAAUAUUUACGCAAGAGUUGGAAAGUUGCUUUGUAAAUGGUUUCUAGAUUAGAGACCUUGCAUUAAGUUAAUUAUAAUUAGGAAGAUAUUUAAAAUAUCGAGAGAUUGUUUUAAUCCAUUUCAUACGAUUAGAUUGAUAAGAUAUUCAAUAUGUCUAUAAAUUUAGAUUCCAAUUCAAUCUUGGAAUUUAUAAGAGCCUUAUGUGAAUUAUCAAAAGAAGAAAUCAAGCAAAAUAGAACAUUUUUGUUAAGCAGAAUGAUUGAAGUAGCAGAUUUUAACAUGGAUAGAAUUAAGAUCAUAUGGUCAAGAAUGUGGGAAAUAAUGAGGGAACAUUUCCUGGAAGUAGGAUGUCAUAAGAAUGUUGAUUUAGCAAUUUAUGCAAUUGAUCAAUUGAAAUAAUUGAGUUGCAAAUUCUUACAAAAAGAGUUUUUGAUGCCUUUUGAAUAGAUCUUCAGUCACAGUCAAGCAUAAUCUCAAUAUAAAAUAUAAUUAAGGGAAUACUUGUUAUCUUGCAUGUGUAUGAUAACUAAUGUUUGUUUUAAUUCACUAAAAAGUGGGUUGGAAAAUCAUAAUGAGUAUUGUUAAUUAAGCACUUCAAGAAGAUUAAUAAUAGCUAAUAAGAUUGUGUGUACAAAUUACAGAUAAGAUAAUGGAGGAUGUGAACAAUCAAUAGGUUAAUCAAGAAAUCUAUAUGGAACUAAUUUAAGCAUUAAUUAAAUUUGA